UCCAAACAAUUGGGACCCGCGAGCCUCUGCGUGCAAGGUCGUGUGCGGCUGCGCCGGCCCCCCAUUCCUCCCAAGAGCUUCUCCUUUUACCAUGCCUCCCACCCGAGACCCUUUCCAGCAUCCUAUGCUGAACAACGAUGAUUCCCGCCCCGGGAAACCGAAGGCUUCCAAGAUCCUGCACUAUAAGAACCCAGCUCACCUUGAUCAGCAGCGGGAACCCUGGAAUCGGCUCAACUCAAUUCCCACCAUCACCUCCAUUAGGCGGAAUACUUAUUUUUUUGACUCUGAGAUUCCGAAGGAUAAUCUGGAUUUCCGCUUAGCUGCCGUGUACAACCACCACACGGGGGCGUUCAAGAACAAAAAUGAGGCCCUGAUCCACAAGGAGACCUCCAAGGACACCCACGGGAUCAACAUCCAACCCCCUGGAGAACACUUGCCCCCUGCCCCACCAUCGCCCAUCACUUCCCGAGCUAACAUCAGACAGUGGAUCAGCCCUAAGAGGGAGUCCAUCCACAGCAUCCAGGGCUCCAUAGUGUCCCCUCACACUGCAGCCACCAACGGAGGCUACUCCCGAAAGACGGACGGUGGCUUCUUCUCCACCUGAUGCUGACAGGCCCCUGGAUUGAUUAAUCGAUGGGACAGCCUGCCACCCACCUCCAUUAAAAACAUUUGUGCACGGUGA